AUGUCGUCUCUCUCACGAGCCUUCACUACCCGUCGGGUCAAGCAGAGCAUCGAUCUCUCCGACGCCGCGCGGGGGAAGGAGCGUAGCAACAUCAUGCAGCGAAGCAAGACCACCAAGCACCCCGUCAUCAGACACAAGAUCUCUGCGCCCAUGGAGCUUGUUCACACCACCAACAUGCUCUCAUAUAACGCUCCCGAUAUUCGACCCAGAACCGGAACCGAUGCCUCGAGCAACUCGUCCAGGAAGUCGUCAGAGGAGGAUUCGGAAAGCGCCAACUCCGCCGCAUCGUCCCCGCCGACCAGCCCCGACGUCGCGCCUCACGAGCUGUCCAAGGAGCCAAACCACCUUUCCUGCUACUUUGUCGCGCCAGGUCAGGCUGUCAACUCUUCGAUCCCUGAAGUCCCCGCCAUUCCUUCCAUUCCCAAGCGCGCACCCUCGCACACGAAGCAGGCCUCAUACGACGCCGUCGCCCGCCAGCGCUCAGUCUCCCAGAUGUCCAAGGCUUCCGACAAGACCGUUUCCUCAAAGGCCAGCAUGACUUUCUCACGAGCGUCAUCGGGUUCCAGCUCCGCCUCUACCAUGUCUCACAGCUCAGUCGCCCCCGCUCUCAAGACCCCUGUGCCGCCUAUGCCCACGCCCGCAUUCCAGCAUCACCACCAGCCGAGACACGAGAAGCCUGCUGAGCCGCACCCCUUCGGCCGCGAGUUGGCCCAGGUUACGGAAAUUGCAGAGGAGUUUGGCAUCAAGGACGAUGUCAUGUACGAGGAGGAACGUGCCCUCAAGGCGGAGGGUCUCUGCAAGUUCGCUGCCGAGGACUACUUGACGGAGGUCCAAAGCAUCUUCGCCAGCUUCUUCCACGACAGCCACGCACCCCAACGUCCCAUGGCUGCCGCCGCAUGGAUCUGA